AUGACUGCAGCUGAUAACAAGAGUUUGAUUGCUGGUAUAGCAUGCAGACUCCCAAAAUCCAGAAAUUUGGAGGAAUUCUGGGAGAAUCUGAUUGAAAGUCAUGACAUGAUUGACACGACACGAUUCCCGGAGGGCUUGGAUGGAGUACCGCCCAGGGCUGGACUUAUUCCUGAUAUAGACAGAUUUGAUGCUGGAUACUUUGGGUUCUCAGAUGUAGAAGCUGACAGCAUGAAUGUGAUGCUUCGACACUUAUUGGAGGUAACAUAUGAGUGUGUAGUAGACUCGGGUCUACAGGAAAAGACAUUGCAAGACAAUGUCACAGGGCUGUACCUGGCAUGUUUCCUCCCUGACACGGAUUCCAUAGAAACCACAAAGUACAGCAAGUCAAAAUUAUGUACUACAACACCUCUCCUGACAGGCCAUAUCACCAGCUAUUUUGGCUGGAAUGGACCAGCUGUAUCAGUGGAUACUGCGUGUAGUUCCAGUCUUUCUGCUCUGGAAAUGGCAGAGACAGAUCUCAGGACUGGCCGAUGUCAAUUUGCUGUCAUUGCAAGUGUGAAUUUGAUCAUCAACCCAGUGUACCUGCAGCAAAUGGCCAUCUUAGGCAUGUUAAACCCUACGGGUGAAAGCAAGGUGUUUGACCGUGAUGCUGGAGGCUACGUCAGGGCUGAAGGAGUGGCCGCUAUCAUUCUUACACGGAAGCAGAACUUGUGUAGACGGAUCUAUGCAACAUUGGUGGAUGUGAUGACUAAUUGUGAUGGAUACACUGCAGAGGGAAUAUCUUUUCCAAAUGACCACACCCAGAAGAUGUUGUUGGAAGCAAUUUACAAGAGGGCAGGUGUGGACAGUGACCAAAUUGCCUACAUGGAACUUCAUAGUACUGGAACAAAGGUUGGAGACAAGGUAGAAGUUGGAGCUGUAACAGAUGUGUUGAGUCCAGGACGUAGUACUCCGCUUCCUAUUGGAUCAGUAAAAGGAAACAUGGGUCACUCUGAGGCCACAGCAGGCAUGGCGAGUCUGAUGAAAUGUUUACUAGUCGCACAACACAGAAAGAUACCUCCACAACUCAACUACGUCAACCCAAACCCCAGGAUCCCAGCUGUACAAGCAGGCAAAGUGUCCAUUAUCAACCAAGUUACCCCUCUAAAUGAGGGAUACAUAGGUUUGAACUCUUUUGGGUUUGGUGGUGCAAAUGGACAUCUUAUCUUGAAGCCCUAUCGCAAGAACAAUAAAGAAAAUGACCAGAUGUUGUGUCUGCUACCUUACAAAGCUCGGACACCAGAAGAAGUGGAGACUAUCUGUAGAUUAUCAGAGUCGGACCUGUCAUCAAGGAUGGACCUUCAUUGCCUGCUAGCUGGUUCAGUUUUGUCACAUGAUCAGAAGCGACCAAUUAAAGGCUACCUGAUUUCAAGCAGACAGACAGAAGGUCUAGUUUGUGGGAGAACAUGUGUGGAAGAAAACCAAUGUGAAUAUAAAGCUGGGAAAAUUGGACUGUUUCUACCAAACUUUGUGUGGAACCCAAUUAUGUUGGACAAGGAUGUACUGGAUAUUCCAAGUUUUACAAAAUCACUCCAGAAAUCACAACAGAUUUUAAUAGAAAAGCUUGGCAGGUCAUUUUCCCUGGUAGACAAGAUAGGAUGUGAUGAGCUACUCUCAGCUAUUUCUGCUGAGAAUUUGUGUGUAGUGGUUGCUGCACAGAUUGGGUUGGUUGACUGUAUUCAGGAGUGUGGGGCUCCUAUUUCCUUUGUGGGUGGGAGUGGCCUGUCAGAAAUCACCGUGGCAUAUGUGGAUGGUUGCCUGACGCGAGAACAGUGUUUACAUGUAGCUCUUGUCCUUGGGAAAGCGUUUCAGGAAUUUUGUGAUAAAAAAGAACUGCCUGACAAGAUCUACAAAGUGCAUCUACCACUUGAAAUGGUAUAUCUGCUUGGUCCCAAGAUUAAAGUGCUGGCCAGUCUGUCCAUGGAAACCUCCAUUAUCCUGGUCAGUGCUCAAUAUUCCAAUCAGAUUCUAAAGGAUAUUCAUGAAAAAGGAGGGUUUUACAAGGAGCUACAACAGAAGAUACCCUUCCAUAGUCACUACAUGAUGGACUGUAUCAACUCCCUCACACAGACACUGGAAGACAUCAUUAAAUAUCCUAAACAGAGUUCGAGCCGGUUUCUACAGAGGAAGCAUGAUUUCCUGCCUGGCCUGGAAUCACGGUCUGUGGCCUUCAGUGCCAAUUACCUAACUGAGAUGCUGUGUCGAACAUGUCCUCCCUUCAAAUCUGCUCUCCCGAAAGAUUCGAUCAUGGUCAACAUUGACCUCAACGGUUGGUGUGACGAGACAGAGACGGUCAUCAAUACUGAUGCAGAACAUGAACUGAUAAACAUUCCUGUGGAAUCUGACCCAGUCACUAUUCUCCGAGCUCUAGGAGAAAUAUUCCUUCAUGGCCAUGACAUCGAGGUUUCUCACCUGUACAAGACAAAGUUUCCACUUGAUGUGUCGGUCCCAUCAGUCAGUCCAGUAAUCCGCUGGAACCAUGACACUUCCUGGUAUGUUCCAGAGUGGCAUGAGUUUUUCAACAAAGUGAAGGAUGUGGGCCCACCUACAUACAUCAUUGAUACCAAAAACCUGGAAGAGAUGACCACGCCCAUGGCCCUGCUGUUAUACCAUACCUGGAGGGCUAUCACACAGCGACACAAGGCCUUGACCAAUGAGAAAAUGGUUGCUGUAGAUAUCCAAAGCUUGGCUGUACAUAAUGAGGCAGAUUGGAGUGUAGAUCUAAUGUCCGGGGCUGCCAUCAAUAUACAGGAAUUACAGAAAAAUUUCACAAUCACAAACCAAGGAUUAGUGCUGUUGACAGGAAGUUUCAAGGUUCACACAGAGAAGAUAGACUUACCCAGAAUACCUGGCUUUGACCUUGACAUUAAUCAGAAUGUUGAUCCUGUCCGUGAUGAUGAAGAGGAGAUCCAGAAAACUGAGAUCCUGUGGGAGGAUAGUUGGCUGGAUUUUAUCAACACCGCCCUCGAGUUCACCAUACAGUCUCUUGUGGGGCCUCUCACCCGUGUUAUCGUCAACCCAGAUGGCCAUAGUAAAGAGGUGGAAAGUUGUGCCAAUAUCCUCACAGUGGCUGAGAGGAACACAGGUAUAUGUAAGGCAGGCAAUGGUCUCGUCCUCCAGACAUUAGUUACAAAGGCCCAACGUGACCUCCAAGCUGGUUGCCCUCGAAAGGUCAAUAUAAGUGAAGGGGAACACACUCUGGUCAACAUGGCCAUGGCUUAUGGUGUCCAGGGCUGUGGUCAAUUAUACGACCAGGUGCUGCUCUACCAGGGCACAAAUACAGUCAAGGACACAAAUGUCAUUGGGAUUGUCCUUAUCACAGAUGAGGAGACGGUAUGCCGUGAGAUUCCUAUAGACAAGGAACUGAAUCUGGAGGAAAUGCAAAAACUGACACCAUACAUCCUGGCUCAUUACAUCACUACAACUGUGGCAGAGGUCAAAAGUGGGGACAAGGUGAUGGUCUCGCACCCUAUAGACACAGUGGCAGUCUACAUCAUGGCAAUUGUUGAAGAGCUGGGCGGUGUUUUAUUUGUGUCUAGCUAUGAUGCUGAUAACAGACAGAUGCUUGACCAUGCAUUCCCAUAUGCCCGCAUCCUUCCUGGCGCCAACAUUGUAUCAAAUAUCAAAUCUGUCACCCAGGGCGAGGGCUGCGACAUCUGUGUCAAAUUUACAAGUGGAGAAUUGGAUGAUAUACUGCCUCUGGUCGCUCAAAAUGGAAAGAUGAUCCAGAUAAGCAAACUUACCCUGCUACAAAAGUUGGGUGAGAAUUUGAUGAUGCCAGUUUAUGGUAUUCAAAGAACCAGCACUACACCUAGGGAUUCCAUCCACAGUGUUGCAAGCUACUACCUGAACGCAAUUCAGAUGAUGGAUGUGAGGAAUGAUCAUUACAUCAUUGGAUACUCCUUUGGAGCUAUUGUUGCCAUAGAGAUGGCCAUACAGAUUCAGACUUCUGGUAGAAAGGUAGCUGAUCUGAUACUGCUGGAUGGAGCCCCAAAUCUUCUUCAGAGUCAGAUGCAGGACAAUGAACAGAUGAGGUCAAAGGGGAAAACAGAUGAUCAGAUAUCAACAUUGUUUGAGGUGGGCAGUCUGAUGAGUUACAUGUACAUGUUUAAACGAAUAGAGAACCCAGGUCUCAUUAAAAAUAUUCUGGCAAAUCUACCAACCAAGCAAGCACGCAUUGAUAUGGCUGUAGAUGUUACGUUUGGAAAUGUUGAUAUAGGCACCAGUCCGAGGCACACAAAGUGGCUUACAGCUAAGCAUAAGAUUUUGAAGAAGUUGAAGGAGCCAGAAGACCAACCUAAGUAUGGAAUGGCAGAUGCUGCUAAGGAGUUGGUGCGUCUGAAGAGGAUUGAGGCAGCCGGAGAUCACAUCAAGUCCAUACAGAUGGUAUACAACUUCAGGCCUCACCAUAACCGGAGAUUUGAUGGCAACAUUUACCUACUGCGUAUCAAGUCAGAUCCUCAGUUCCUGACUCGUCAUCUGUCGCCGGAUUAUGACCUCCAUGACUGGUGUACUGGCAAGGUCAAGAUCAAGUUCUACGAUGGCACGCAUGAAAGUUUCCUCAGUGGCAUCAAUGCUCCGACUGUAGCUAAGGACAUCACAGAGAUUCUCUCCAAAUUGUGA